ACUCGAGCAUCAGCCAGUUUGUGUUGUUCAUCCAACUGUGUUGUGUGCGCGAGUGUAGCGUGAAAAGAUGCUCACGCAGAAUAUGUAUAACUUCAGAAUGGGAUAUCCACUGUUCUACCAUCCUGUGGACUUCCUGCCAUUGACACCCCCGUACGAGUUCCCAUCGUACGGAUAUAGCGGACACGAGGAGCCCAUGAGGUCCGCCGGAGAGUCGUUCUACCCACAAUUUCCCACGCCGCCACUCUCCGUCUCACCACGCGCUCCAGUAUCCAACAUCAGGACCACAUCAGUGAUCGUCAGAGUUGAGGAUCUCCGCAGCGGAGAGGCGAGAUCAUCGGAUAGCGAGGAUGAGACUGUGUGCAAAUGGGAGCAGUGCAACAAGACUUUUCGGAAUUUGGAGAGCUUAGCCAGCCAUGUGAAUCAAAUGCACGCCCACUCUGGACCUGGCGGUCUCUACUACUGUAAGUGGGAGGGAUGUCCUCGCUCCGAAGGUGGUCAGUGGCGAGGAUUCAAUGCCAGAUACAAAAUGUUGGUUCAUGUCAGGACACACACCAAAGAGAAGCCUCACCAGUGUCCGGAGUGCGACAAGAGCUUCUCCCGGGCGGAGAAUCUAAAGAUCCACACCCGCAGUCACUCAGGGGAGAAGCCCUAUGUGUGCCCCGUGGAGGGAUGCAAUAAAGCCUACAGCAAUUCCUCAGAUCGCUUCAAGCACACCCGAACCCACGAGACAGACAAACCCUACAUGUGCAAAGUGCCAGGGUGCCAAAAGAGGUACACAGAUCCUUCAUCGCUCAGGAAACACGUCAAAACCUUCAAGCACACGCCCGAGACAGAAAUCAAGGUGAAUGUGAAGAUCGCCGCCUCUGAAAACCUCGAGGAGACAGAACCACACCCCAGGAGAUAUCCAGAACAGCCCACCGAAGAUCCGCCAAUCUACCGAGACUUCUGGUAUCGCGAGGCCAUUAAGGUGGAGCACAUGGAAAUUGAUCUCCCUCUCGAUCUCAGUCUCCACCGGAGCAAAUAGUCCCCUGGAUUUCCCACCUAACUUAAGAGCGCUAUUUAAUUUUGUCGUGUGAUUUUUCUAUGUGUUCUCUGUAUCCAUUAAAAGUGUGAUUAUACCA